AUGUCCAAAGUAGAAAUUAACAUAGACAUUCAAGAAAAUUCACUUGAUAACAGUGCAGACAGCGAAUUAUUAGUGGUAAUGGAUGAUCCACUUUAUGAAAACGCCAAAGAAAGCCCCCAAUUAGUAUCUCCGAGCUUUUUAGACAGCAACGAAGAAGAAAGUAAUUCGACGUUCAACUAUCGAGACUUAUCUGGAGCGGUAACUUACAAAUUAGUGCAUAUGACUGGAGAAAAAAGCCACAACAAUAUGACAUCACAUUCACCAGCUCAUGUGAUACCUAACGGAGAAUUCUAUGUUAUUACUAAUCCUGGAGAAGUGUUUGCGACACAAGGCCAAAAGAAAGCAAUAAGAAGACAACCAUUGCAAACUAAAGCUGUUGCAACUGCCAAGAAACGGGAUGACAAAAGGCGCGCGACACAUAACGAGGUUGAAAGGCGUCGUCGGGACAAGAUCAACAGUUGGAUUACAAAAUUGGCAGCCCUAGUUCCCAACUCUGGCCUACCUGAUGCAGCGAGCAAGGGUGGCAUACUGGCUAAAGCAUGUGACCACAUCACGGAGCUCACAGAGAAGCAGAAGAGGUUGGAGAAAUUAGAGGUAGACAAUGAUAAGCUUGUAUUGGAAAUAUUAAGACUGAAUCAAGAACUAACAGAUCUGCGUAAAGAGAACAGUUCUAUGCGACAACAGCUUGCAGACAAUUCCAUGUCUAACCCUGCAAACCAUAGGCCAAGAGGUCAGAAGUCU